AUGGCAAGUUGGGUCUUUCUUUUCACCGACAACUAUCUCGCGACUAUGAUGGAACCCUCACUUUAUACUGCUUCAAACCUUGGAGUUGAAAUAUCAACAUUCCCCAAACCUGGACGAGAGCGAGAUGCCCGUGUCAAAAUCGACCCAGGCGGCUUCUUUAUCAGACAUCCCCCAGCCCCCCAUCAACUAGACGACUUUACGACUCCGGAUGAAAAGCUAUUUCAGACUAUACAUAUGGGUGCUGCAGUUGUUGAUACCGAAAACUGGUUGCUUGUCGUCGACGGCUUGGUUCAGAAUCCGUUCGCUCUCACAAUGGAACAACUCUUGAAACUCCCUCGAACAACAGUCACGGCAUUUCACGAGUGCUAUGGCAGCCCUCUAAAACCACCAACGGAUGCAGUGUGGCGUAUUGGAAACGUCCACUGGACGGGCGUACGCUUGGCUGAUAUUCUAGCCAUCGCAAAGCCUCGCCCAGAAGCCCAAUACGUGUGGUCCGAAGGGCUGGACUAUGGAACGUUUGCUGGCGUGACAGCAGACCGGUAUCAAAAAGAUCUGCCAAUCCAGAAAGCUCUCGGACAAGAAGUUCUCAUUGCUUUUGAGAUGAAUGGUCACCGACUUAGCAAAGAGAGAGGAGGACCGGUCAGGCUUAUCGUCCCCGGGUGGUUCGGAACAAACAUGACCAAGUGGAUAUGCCGGUUGAGUCUACAAAACAAGAGAGCACCUGGGCCGUACACGACGGUGUUUUAUAACGAGAUUGAUCCAACAGAUCCUGAUGGGAACCGGAAGAGGCCUGUGUGGAGUGUAGAGGUCAAUUCGAUCAUCACUUCCCCAGCCCUUGACGCGGUGGUCUCUGGGUCUGAGGUGGCGAUCGAAGGCUGGGCUUGGUGCCAUGAGCCUGUAGUGCGUGUUCUAGUCACUUCAUCUCUAGAUAAGCCAUGGACGGAUGCCGUGGUAAAGGCAAGGGAGGGGUUCAGUUGGCAGAGGUGGAGAGCGGUAUUGACGCUGGCGCAGGGUGAAAAUGUUCUCGUUGCACGAGCAGUGUCUCAGUCUGGCACUGAGCAGCCGCUACAUGGUCGAAGAAAUCAUGUGCAUCGCGUAAGAAUAUGGGUCAAGCCUGAGGCGGACGCUGAUUGA